CUGGGAUUCAUCUUGACUGGAUGAUGCGAGUGACUCAGUGCUAUGACUCAAUAGGAUGUGUGGAGCGAUUGGCUCACGGUUGACGCCCUUCGAGUCUGGAUAGUGAAUAUAUAUUUCGAGGGUAUUCCUAUACAGCGAGGAUGAUACUGACCACGUCUAUCACCCUUUACUCACGAGAAACAGACAAUAAACAUACUCUAACUAAAACAGCAAUCAUGGGAAGGACUCUGGUAUACCCAAAAGGAUCCUCCAAUACUGUCAACCGAUAUAAGCAUCGGGCGACUUAUGAUCUAGGGGCAAUCCAUUCGAUUGUCAAUUCGACCCAGGUCCUCCAUGUGUCUUUCAAUCCUGGCCCUUCAGACCCAUUCCCCGCAAUCUUGCCGAUGAUCGGUCAGAUGGGUUCAUUCGAAUACCCAUCAGCAGGCAUAAACGAACCCUUGGACUGCUAUCUUCAUGGAUAUGUCAGCUCCCGGGUUAUGAACCUAGCACGAGACUCCGAAAACGGAUUGCCUCUAUGCAUAGCAGCUAGUAAAGUGGACGGCCUGAUCCUGUCACUCACGCCCAACUCGCAUAGCUACAACUAUCGAUCUGCCAUUCUUCAUGGCUGGGCCAAAGUGGUCACGGACGAGCAAGAAAAACUCUAUGCUAUGAAGCUGAUCACGAAUUCCGUGGUCCCAGACCGCUGGGAUCAUACCCGAGUCCCUCCUGACCGUGCUGAGAUGUCUUCGACCGUCAUCCUCAAGGUCAAAAUCGUUGACGGCAGCGGCAAGAUUCGCGACGGAGGCGUAUCGGACGAGAGAAAGGACACAGGGAAUGAGGAAGUAACUGGUAGCGUCUGGACUGGCGUUGUACCAGUCUGGGAGACCUUUGGGCGGCCUGUCCCAAGCCCUGAAAACAAAGUCACUGAUGUGCCGGAGUAUCUUACUUCAUAUGUCUCCAGUAAGAACGACGAAAACCGUGUACAUGCAGAAGGCGCAGUUGGUGUCCAGCUUCCACCAGAGGAGCAGCACUGACUGAUUGUGAUCACGCCUUUCCCCUCGUGGUCUGCUUCGGUCCUAUUGAUACAGGAGAAGCAUAUAGUACUAAGCCGCAAAUGUCAAUCGAAUCAAUUUUCCAUCGUACGCUCACAUAUAAAAAGAGUAGGCUCCAUAAU